AUGCCAGUGGAUAGGAGGUCCCUUCCCCAGUGGCUAACGGCCGAGGCGCCGGCGGGUGCUCCGUGCUCGGAACACGGAAGGAAGCGCGGAGGCCGGGCGCACCACGCCGGCGGUGGCACGGAGGAGAGGCCGAAAGUUGCUGGCUCAAGGUACCCCUCCUCUAUCAUGUCCGGCGAGAUGAGGCCACAGCAGCUGGGGGCGACGCGGCGGGCCAUCUGGAGGACCUGGCCUGUCCUGUGCUCGCAGUCACAGCACAGGCUUACCUCAUCUUUCCACGCCACGAACAAGAUCGCCGCCUCCUCUCCGCCACCACCAACUCAUCAAAAGAAGAAGAAGAAGGACACGGUCAUCGUCAUCUCGGGUCCUACUGGUGCUGGAAAGAGCAGGCUGGCGCUGGAGGUGGCCAGGAGGCUUGGAGGGGAGAUCAUCAGCGCGGACUCUGUGCAAGUCUACCGUGGCCUUGACGUUGGCUCUGCCAAACCGUCCGCGGAGGAGAUGAGCCUAGUGCCGCAUCACUUGAUCGACAUACUAGACACGUCCGACGAUUACUCGGCUGGAGCCUUCUUCCGCGAUGCCCGGAGGGCGACGCAGGAUGUUCUUGACAGGGGCUGCGUGCCCGUUGUUACAGGAGGGACUGGGCUGUACCUGAGAUGGUACAUCUAUGGCAAGCCGGAAGUUCCACAGUCAUCCAUGGACACCACUUUGGCUGUGUGGUCUGAGCUCGCUGAUUUUCGGGAGACCGGCCAGUGGGAGGAAGCAGUAGAGCUGGUGGUGCAGGCUGGUGACCCCAAAGCUCGCGACUUGUCUGUCAAUAACUGUAACAGAUUGAGCCGCAGCCUUGAGAUUGUCAGGUCAUCAGGCUCCCCUCCUUCUGCCUUCGCCUUACCGUACGAUGCAUUCUGUGAACAGCAUGACACCGACCUAACUGAGGCCCCCUCCACUGCUGGGAGCUGUGAGGCCAGGGAGCUGGAUUAUGACUUCUUCUGUAUUUUCCUCGCAAGUCCACGCAUUGAACUGUACCGGUCAAUUGAUCUGAGGUGUGAGGAAAUGCUGGCUGCCACAGGCGGCUUACUUUCGGAAGCCUCAUGGCUUCUUGAUAUUGGUUUGCAGCCACGUAUGAACUCUGCAACUAGUGCCAUUGGUUACAAGCAAGCCAUGGAGUACCUGCUGCACUGUAGGCAGAACGGAGGUGAAAGCACCCCACAAGAGUUCCUUGACUUUCUCGCCAAGUUUCAGAGGACAUCUAGGAACUUUGCAAAGAGGCAACUUACCUGGUUCCGCAAUGAGAAGAUUUACCACUGGGUCGAUGGCUUGCAACCAUUUGAGGCGCUUGUUCAAUUUGUCUGUGAUGCUUACCAUGGCUGCAGUGCAAGGAUGGUCCCUCAAUCACUUGAAGUGAAAAGGGAAAGUUGCGUGCACAAAAGCCGUGAUCUCAAAACCUAUCGCUCGGUGAACAGGGUGUUUCUUGGGGAUGAUGACUGCUCUCACGUUUUGAAUUGGAUCAGGAGAACACAGGGUAAAUGA